AAGUAAUAUGUGGAUGGAAACAACGUGGUGUGCAUGACCAUUUUGCCCCCCAAAAAAGAAACUAUUUACCUCCUCCCCUACGCCAUAAACCCACGUGUUGAGCUUUACGUGAUUAAUUUUUGUCAAAUUAUUGACCCCAUCUUGGUGUUGCACUGCAAUUGCUUAGUUCACGAGGCCCCAAAACACAUCACGUUGACUUAUAUUUAAAUACAGAUCUUUGAGAUAUAUGAAUAUGAUCCCUUGAUUCUUUUCAAUCUUUCGUAAUUUCCUUCAACAGAUAUUUUAUUUAAUAGGAUCUGUCAAGCACACCUUCAAUGGCAUGUUCAACAUCAUCCACUCAUAAAAGCCAUAUGUAUGAUGUAUUCUUGAGCUUUAGAGGUGAAGACACCCGUAAGAAUUUCGUUGAUCAUCUUUAUGUUGCUCUUCAACGUCAAGGAAUUCAUACUUUCAAGGAUGAUGAGAGACUCGAGAAAGGAAAAAAGAUGAACGAUGAGCUCUUGAAAUCCAUUCAAGAGUCAAAAUUCUUCGUUAUUAUAUUCUCUAAGAACUAUGCAUCUUCGUCAUGGUGCUUGGAUGAGCUUGUGAAGAUUAUGGAGUGCCAGAAGGAGACUGAGCAGAUUGCUUACCCUGUGUUCUAUGAUGUUGAUCCCUCAGAAGUUCGUCAGCAGCUUGAUCUAGUUGAAGAAGCUUUUACCAGACAAAACAAGGGAGAGGUUGGGAAGUGGAGAGAGUCUCUGAAAGAAGCAGCUAAUCUGGCUGGGUGGGAUUUGAGGAAAACUUCUGAUGGGCAUGAAGCUAAAGUCAUCAAUAAAAUUGUUGAAAAGAUUUCACUAGAGCUACGUUUCUUUAAUUUAAAAGUCGAUGAAAAACUAGUAGGCAUGGAGACCCGGAUAAAGGAUAUUGUUUCAUCUUUGGAAAUUGGUGUUGAAGAUGUUCGUAUGAUAGGUAUCAAGGGGAUUGGAGGUGGUGGAAAAACGACUUUGGCCAGAGCUAUAUUUGGAAAGAUAUGCUUUCAGUUUGAAGGUAAAAGCUUUGUUGCCAACAUCAGGGAAAUUUCAAAACUAUCAUUGUCCGUGUUGCAAGAACAAGUAAUUUCCAAUGUGUUAAAUGAUAAAAGAAUCACAAUAGGGAAUUUUCAUGAUGGGAAAAGCAUACUGAAAAAAAUCUUGUGUAGUAAAAAGGUUCUUGUCGUUAUAGAUGAUGUAGACCAUUUAGACCAGUUAGAUGCAUUAGUUGGUGGGCUUAAUUGGUUUAAACCAGGAAGCAGAGUUAUAAUUACAACAAGAGAUGAACAAGUGCUCAUAGCACACAGAGUGAAAUGGAUUCAUGAUGUCAAUCUUUUAUCAGAUGAGGAAGCGAUAUGCCUCUUUAGUAGGUCUUCCCUUAACAAUCCGAGUUUUGGGUUCAUCUCUCUGUGCUACACUUGCCUAGAGGAUGAUUACAAGGAAAUAUUCCUAGAUGUUGCAUGCUUACUAAAAGGUUGGCUGAAAGACGAUGCAAUUACAGCACUUGAAAGCUGUGGAUUUCACGCUAGGAAUGGCUUAAGAGUUCCAGAGCAAAAAUCUCUUAUAACUAUCUCUCUAGAUCAAAGAUUAGGCAUGCAUGACCAUAUACAAGAAAUGGGUCAGAAUAUUGUUCGUCGUUCAUAUCCUGAUGAGUCCAUAAAGCAUAGCCGAUUGUGGAUUGGAGAGGAGAUUAAAGAUGUAUUGGUUGAUGACUUGGUUACAGGAGCAAUAAGAGCUAUAGCAACAAACACAUCGACAUGGUUUGACGAUGAGAAACUCUGUUCUACGAUUCUUAUAAAUGGUUUUGGAAACUUGAAGAAACUUAGAUUUCUUCACGUGGUUUCUGGGAGCAGUUGUUCAUUUGAAGUUGGCCAAAAUUUCCCAAACGCGUUAAGGUUUCUGAGUUGGCACUGUUACCCUCAUUACUGUUUACCUAAAACAUUCCAACCAAAUAAUCUCGUAGCACUUGAAAUGCCUAACAGUAGAAUUAAACAGCUGUGGCACGAGGGAGAAAGAAAGGUCCUUAAAAACCUUAGAUUUCUUGACUUGAGUAAUUCAAAAUUGACGACCAUUGAUUGUGGUUUACUUCCAAAUCUUGAGACAUUAAAACUUGAAAAAUGUCGUCAUUUGGUAGAACCACAUACACCCAUUGGAUGCCUAAGAAAACUCGUCUUGUUAAACUUAAAUGGUUGUGUAGGAUUCAAAUCUCUUUCAUUAAUCAAACCACUGAAAUCACUUCAGGUCCUUGAUCUAAGUAAUUUAUAUCUGACGAAGUUCCCAGAUAUACUUCCAGAGCAUUCCAACUAUAGUUUACUGGCGAUUUACUUUUCAAAGAACAAUAUACAAGAGUUACCCUCAUCGAUUGGAAACCUUGAGAAGCUUGUUUAUCUAGAUCUCAGUGGGUGCCAUAGGCUCAAGAGUCUGCCACAAAGCAUAUGCACUCUACGAAGUCUAAAAAACCUUGACCUUGUAAAUUGCGCCAUAGAGGAAUUACCAGAGGAUCUUGGCCAUUUAGAAAGUUUAGAAUGGCUAAAUUUAGGAGGUACACGAGUCAAACAUCUCCCUAAAAGCAUUUGUAUGUUGAAAAAUCUGAAAACUCUACUUCUUACAAGCUGUAAAGUUGUUAUGAAUUUACCCGAAGAUAUUGAGAUUGCCAUUGAAAUUAGGAGACUUAAAAUGUUUAGAAGAGUUAAACGUACAAGAUGGAUUGAUAUAUCCCUUUGGUCUCAAAAGAAAACAACCAAUUACACAAACGCGCAAAAGGAGUUUUGGUCUACCUGUCUACCACGCACCACAGAUGAUUCUGAGAAGCGGGCCCAUUCACAAAGAACCAUCAUAGAAAUUGCAUUCCAGAGCUCUUAGUUGACGAGUUUGACUACAAGAUGGUGGAUGACUUAAACUAAUACAAGCCAACAUAAGAUCAUCCCAAAUAUCAUGUAUUACGGUUUGUGUGAAGUUGUGAAAAGAGGUUCUUUGGAGAACAAGCAAUGUUCUAAGCAUACAUAUAUGCCAAUUUUAAAAAGAGUUACAAAGGACUUUGAAUGAUGUAAAUGUGGAAGGAGAGAAUUUGAUUGAUGUACCGGUGAAUGAGGUUGAAGAUGAUGAUGAUGAUGAUGAUGAU